AUGGGGAACAUGAAGGUUGCUGCUCUCAGCGUCUCCGCCAUCGUCCUCGUGGCAAUCGUGGCGACCGUCGCCGUCACCAUAUCGAACCUCGACUCCGAACCGGCGAAAACACAGUUCUCAAGCUCGCAGAAGAACAUCAAGGACUUCUGCAACCCCACCGACUACCAGGAGACUUGCGAGAGCACCCUCUCCGCGGCGGCCGGUAACUCCACCGACCCCAAGGAGCUCGUCAACCUGGCCUUCCAGAUCACGAUCGACCAGAUCAAGGAGGCCUUCAACCACUCCACCGUGUUGUCGGAGGCUGCCAAGAACCCACGCACCUCCGAUGCGCUCGAGAACUGCCGCGAGCUCCUCGACUACGCCAUCGACGAUCUCAGGAGCUCCAUCGACCAGCUCGAAGGCUUCUCCCUGAUCAAGCUCGACAAGUUCCUGGACGACCUCAAGGUGUGGAUCAGCGCCUCCAUCACGUAUCAGGAGACGUGCCUCGACGGGUUCGAGAACACGACCACCAACGCCGCGGAGUCGAUGCGGAAGGCGCUGAACAGCUCCGCCGAGAUGACGAGCAACAUCUUGGCCAUCGUCAUCAAUUUGGACAACACGCUCGACUCCCUCAACCUUGGUAUCAGCCGGAAGCUCCUCGCCGAAGAGUACCCGUCGUGGGUCUCCCUCGGCAAGAGAAGGCUCCUCCAGCUGAGCCCAGCCGAGCUGAAGCCCAACGUCACUGUAGCUCAGGAUGGCACCGGCGACGUGAAGACCAUCAACGAUGCCCUCCUCCGCGUCCCGAAGAAAAGCAACCAUACAUUCGUCAUCUACAUCAAGGAAGGAGUGUACAAGGAGAAAGUUCAGGUUAACCGGAGCCUCACCAACGUGAUUAUGGUCGGCGACGGGACGAACAAGACUAAGAUAACCGGCAGCCUCAACUACAUCGACGGCACCGCGACCUUCAAAACCGCCACUGUCGCUGUCAUUGGCGAUGGAUUCAUCGGCAAGGACCUCUGGAUCGAGAACUCGGCCGGGGCGGCAAAGCACCAGGCGGUGGCGCUCCGUGUGCAGUCCGACAAGUCGGUCUUCUACAACGUGCGGAUUGACGGGUACCAGGACACGCUCUACGUCCAUACCAAGCGCCAGUUCUACCGCGACUGCAACAUCUCCGGCACCAUCGACUUCAUCUUUGGCGACGGCGCGGCGGUGUUACAGAACUGCCUGAUCCUGGCGAGGAAGCCGAUGGACAACCAGCAGAACAUCGUGACGGCGCAGGGGCGCAAGGACCGGCGCCAGGCCACCGCCAUCGUCCUCCACAACUGCACCAUCAGCGCCGACCCCGCCUUCUUCCCCUUCCGGGAGAAGCUGCCGACGUUCCUCGGCCGGCCGUGGAAGGAGUUCUCGAGGACUUUCGUUCUGCAGUCGCAGCUGGACGAUCUGAUCGACCCAAAGGGGUGGCUUCCGUGGUUCGAGAACUUCGGCCUCAACACCUGCUUCUACACCGAGCUCGACAACCGCGGCCCCGGCGCCAACACGAGCCAAAGGGUGAAGUGGAAGGGGGUGAAGACCAUCGGCUACGCCCACGCCCAGAAGUUCACCGUCGAGCACUUCAUCCAGGGCAACACAUGGUUGCCGAAGUCCGGCGUGCCCUACAUUCCCGGCCUCCUGCCGAUGACCGAGGCCGGCAGGAUCCACUGA